AUGCCAAAGUACGAGUCGGAAGAUGUCUCCAUCGAGGAGCUACGCGGGGAGCACGAUGUAUACGGCCGCCAGAACCUCGAGGGCAACAGCACCGUGCCCGAGAAAUACAAGGGAACCUUGGCGGACCAGAACGACAUGAGUGUCUUGGGCCGAAAGCAGGUGCUGCGUCGGAAUUUCAAAUUUACGACGAUGCUGGGAUUUGCGAGCACGGUCCUCGUAGCUUGGGAGAUCUUGCCUGUGAUCUCAGUGUAUGCACUAGAGAAUGGAGGCACGGCUAUCAUAUUCUGGUCGUUGAUUGCCGGAGUAAUCGGCAUGACCUUCGUCUAUGCUUCUUUGGCGGAAAUGGCAUCCAUGUUUCCGACCUCUGGAGGCCAGUAUCGCCUCUCGUACACAGUCGGCUGGUUGACAGCAAUGGGCUGGCAGGUAUAUCUUGCCGGCAUCUGCUUCAUGGUCGGAAGUGUCAUCCAGGGCCUCAUCGUACUGAACAAUCUGGAGACUUACACUUUCCACGCCUGGCACGGUACAUUGCUGACCAUCGGGGUCAUCCUCUUCGCCAGCAUGUUCAACACUCUUCUUGCUACUCGGCUGCCGCUUAUCGAAGGUACUCUUCUCAUUCUGCAUCUGGUUGGCUUGUUUGCCAUCAUAAUCCCCCUAUGGGUCAUGGCACCUCGUGGCAAUGUGCAUGAUACUUUAUUCAAGUUUACGACUACAGGUGGAUGGUCAAACCUGGGUCUGUCCUCUCUGAUUGGAAUGGUCAACCCAAUAGGCGUGCUCAUUGGUUAUGACUGCGCAGUGCAUAUGUCCGAGGAAGUCCAGGAUGCAUCUAGAGUGUUACCAAAAGCUCUGAUUUGGUCUGUAGUUCCGAAUGGAUUGAUGGCCAUCGUCAUGGGCGUGACGUUCGUCUUCUGUAUCGGCGACAUCGACGAAGUGUUGGCAAGCCCGACCUAUGAGCCGUUUAUUCAGGUCUUCUACAACGCUACGCGGAGCACUGCUGGAGCUACUAUUAUGGCUUCCAUCAUUGCCAUCAUGUUGACCUCAGCCUGCAUUAGCGAAGUGGCUACAGCCUCUCGACAACUAUGGGCUUUCGCACGAGACCAAGGAUUGCCGUUCUCGGGCUGGCUAUCAAAAGUUUCCCCCGGCUACAACAUUCCGCUUCGUGCAGUCCUGGUGUCUGUCGUAAUCAGCAGCUUGCUCAGCCUGAUAAACAUUGGCUCGUAUGUGGCUCUGAACGCCAUCAACUCGCUGGGCGUGGUCUCGCUUCUAUUCAGCUACAAUGUAACGAUAGGCUGCAUGGUCUGGCGACGUUUGUUUGGUGCUCCGCUACCAUCAGCUCGUUGGUCUCUCGGGAAAUUCGGCUUGGCCGUGAACUUGGUGUCGUUGGCAUUUAUCCUGCCGCUUACGUUCUUCGCAUUCUGGCCAGUGACUGUUCAUCCCACUGCGGCCGAGCUGAACUGGUCGCCCGUCAUGUUCGUGGGGAUCCUCUCGAUUGCAGCGAUAUAUUACGUUGUGUGGGGCCGGCACGUUUAUAGCGGACCUGUGGUCUUAGUGAAGCGAGAAGUAUAG